UUCCAAACUGUACUAGGAGUCUUGUUGUUGGCAGAGUCUUGUUGUUGGCAACGAUUUUUUCUGCAACAUUCAACAAGAAAAACAUCUGAAACCCUGGCUCAUAGUAACUUCGUUUUGCUAGUUUAUAAUUCUUGCAAAAUUUGUUUUGAUCGACUGGGGCCACUGGGCCAGAAUUUACUCCAGAAAGGCAUCCGGUGACCAACAGAAUGGCGCUAUGUUUGCAAGGUCUUCGCUUGCUCAGCCAACGAGCUCCCACGCAGACCAGUCGUCCCAUUUUUCUCCUGGCUCUUCGCUCGCAGUCAUCCCUGUCUCCGCUUGCACCAAUACGUACGGCGCAGCACCAUAGUCCUCUGCCCAUCGUUUUCAAGCGGAAUAUGGCUGGCAAGCGUCUAUUUGUGAUUAUGCCCUCCCGUUAUGUGUGGCGUCGAUGGAAACAAUCCUUGCAUUUCUUCAUCAUGCUUGGUGUAAUUCCUCUGACGGCGUUUACGACUUAUCUUAAUAUGAAGUAUGGCGAAGCGGAGCUGGCCGAAAUUCCGGAAGGAUACUAUCCGAAAGAGUGGGAAUACCAUAAGAACCCCACCUCCAGAUUCUUAGUGAAGUACUGGAUUCAACAACCACAGGAAUGGUACGAACGUUUGAUGCAUAUUAUGAGCGCGGAAAUGGACAAAAUGCGGAUGUCGCGUUUAGAAAACAAGAUCGAUGCUCUGCAAACAGAGCGCCAGGACUACCAGGGUUACUUCUGGGCACGUGGUGGGCCUUCCUAUUACCAGGAACAACAUCGCGAUAAAUUCCAGCGUUAUUUCGAAGAAACAGCCACUGGCCUGCACCCUAUGAAAUAAGAUAUUUACUCUUUUAGUGAUGUAAAAAGUUGUCUGUUACCGGCAUUUUGAACGGAAUUCGGCAUCAUAAGUACUGCAUUUCACUCCUUAAAUACAAAGCGUUUCCUGUAUUUGCUAAAUCGAUUUAAAUCAACGAUGCCGGAGUUUUUGGAUGUGCAACUGUAUCUGUAGCGUUUUGAUUAGGAGCAUAUUAAAUAUCGUAUCGGACGGACGAGUACAGUAUUACAACAG